CCCUCCCCAACCUUUCUGGGCCCUCGAAGGAUCUCGGAGGCGAAGUUGCUAGAAGAUACUUAAGAGGGCCCCAGUGGAGAUGGAACAACCAAAGGACGGGGCUGGGCCUGAAGGGAACAACCUGUCCCUGCCGUCAUCUGGGACUGAGCCAUGGACCCCUGCGCCUCUCCCAGCCCCUCCACCCUGGCUUCUGAGCUCCACAGACCCCGCCCACCUGGGGCUCCCGGAGAGCGUGGCCUCUGUCACCGUGCCCAUACGCCUGGACACCCUCUCCUGCCUCCUGCACAGCGCCCUGCUGGGGACCUACACCUUCCAACAGGCCUUGCCCUCUUGCCCCUGCUGCCCCCAGGCAGGCCACUCCCAGCCGGGCACAGUCAGGAGGCCUCCCAGGGGACGCGGAGGCUGGGAAGUCAGGCACAGGCCAGGCUGGGGCCGGGGCCCGCAUAGACGGGGCCUCGGGAGAGCUGAGCAGCCAGAGAGGGGCCGGGCGGGGGGCCCUGGGGCUGGCCCCAGGACCCCACCAAUGACGCUGCCAUCACCACCAACACUGCCUUCCCAGGAUGGGAAGAAGGAAGCUCGAGGCCCACAGCCACCCCUGGAAACACCACCGGCUGCUGAGGACUGGGAGACAGAGUACUAGGACCUUGGAGGGUCCAGCACCUGAGAUUGCAGUCACCCAGGAGGGUUUUCCUGGGGCCCAGAGUGAUCUCAGCCCUGUCAGAAGAACCUCAAGAAACAUCUUCCAUCCUCCCCUCUCUCCAAAACCACGGUCCCAGGAGUAGCUCCUGUGAGGCACUUGGUGAACCUGACCUAAGUCACCUGAAUCCCAAGUGAGAAGAAAACCCUAAACCCCAUACCCAGGCCUGUCUCCUUGAUGGCCUCAACCCCAUUCCCAACACCAUCCCCAGCCACAACCACAAUCCUUACCUCAUUCCCAACCCCCAGGGCUCCUCCAACCCCAUUCCCUACCCUCUCCCUAAUCCCAAAGCCACUCCUACCUGCCUCUCUCUUCCCCACUAAUACCCUAUUCCCAAACCCAUUCAUUCCCAUCCCUGUCACCAGUCCCAGCUCCACUUCUGUGCCUCAACCCUAACCCACCCUCUUUACCAACCCCUUUCUCCUCAUUCCCUAUGUACCUCAGCCCAUCUUUAAUCUACAGCCCCAAAGAGCCCCAUCCUCAACCUCAGCCACAGCCCUGUGUCCAUCCCCACAAAGAACCACAUUGGCCCCACGUAUCCAGACACCUGCGACUCCCCACCCCACUGCCUGCUCUUCUGGUAGGAAGCCCUGGUUGAACAAUAAACGCGUGACUCUCCCUGAA